UAUUCUAAACAAUUUUGCAUUUAAUGUUUUUCGAUUCGGCCCCAAAAAGCCGAGAAAAACAAUAAAUAAAAAUUGGCCCCAUGUUCCAGAUUCCACCGUUCCGCCAGCGCCGCUAAGUCAUCGACGCUAAUUUGACGGACAUAUAAAACCAGUGGAUUCGCGAAGUUGCAUAUUUACUCCUGCUUCCUGAGCAAACUUUGGCGCCCCCGGGUGGACUCACUGGUUCUUGGCCGUCUUCUAAACUUCGGAUUUGCGUAUUGUUAUAAGUUGGCAAAUCACCAAGAGUUAUAUAACAAGUGCACGCGGCCAAUUCGCGUUACGCAACAAGUGCAUCGGCAUCGCACAUUGGGUGCAUGGUCCAAGUUGGAGACGCAUUUACGCGCCCGUGCAACUUUAAUUUCAUCUUUCGUUGUUGGAGCGCCCGCACAGCCGGAGCGCAGUACCCACGUACAUCUCGGCGUAGAGGGAGCGCACAUCGGCUGCGUCCAUCUCCUCGCCACAUUCUCGUCGGCACCCAUAGAGAGGUGCAAUAGAACGUCGUCUUUCGUCACUGGAGCACCCGGAGAAGGGUGAGCCCCAUACAUCAUCGUAGAGGGAGCGCACAUCGGCUGCGUCCCUAACCUCCAUUUCGUCACAGGAGAGCAUCAGCGGGCUUCAACCUAACCUCGUCGGAAACACCGAGAAGUACAGCGAUCCGUAUUGUAUAUGGUAAAGUGGCCUACAUUUGUUGGGCGGCGCGGCCCGCUCGAUCGACUCUACUGCGACAAUGCAACCAAUUUUGUUGGUUCCUCACGGCUGCUUCAGGAGAUGGCCUCCGAUGUCCGCAGCACACUGGGAACGUACGGCGUCCAUCACCAGGUUGAGUUCGUCUUCAUUCCGCCCCGGUCGCCUCAUUUCGGGGGCCUAUGGGAGGCCGCUGUCAAGUCCGCCAAACACCUCUUUUUGAGGGCCGUCGGAAACGCCUUGCUGAAGGAGGACGAAGUCCAGACGAUGUUGGUUGAAGUGGAAGCAGUGCUUAACUCGCGUCCGCUAAUAGCUGACAGCAGCAACCCUAACGACGGAGAGGCUAUUACUCCAGCCCACUUUCUGGUAGGCACCACGCUCGCUGCUCUACCCCCAGGAUCGGCACCUCCUCAUCCGGACGACGACCUAACUCAUCUACAACGCUGGCAGCUUAUAUCAGCCAUCAAGCGACGGUUUGGUCAUCUCACUGUUUGUUUUGUUUUCUAUGGUCGUUGCGAUGCCGACUAUCGAAAGCUGCGAGCAGGGGCGUAGCACAGCUGAUAAUCGCUAAUAAAUUACCCCCUACAAGUCGGCAAGCAACGAUCAUACAACAAAAUACUAGAUUAAAAAACUACUAGAUUACCAUAAAAUACUAACUCUAGAUACCAAUGUAAUAGGGAAGAUCUGAAACGAGCGAGUUGGUAACAUUGUUGAAUAGAAAAAGCUCUUGAAAUAAACGCACAAUUUACAUAGAUGA